AGUUCAUGUACAACAGCAAAAAUGACAACUUAAGGAAGAUUUAAUCAAGUAUACAAAGAGAUCAAAGUGCAAGAAGGAAAGUCUGAGAUACAGUGAGUGUUUGGAGUGUCCUGAGACCAGUGCAGCAGUGCAGAACCAUGAGUACCUUUAGGUACCGCAGGGAGCUGAAGAAGUGGAUGGUGGAGGUGGAAGAGGUGGAUGAAGAGGAGCUGCUGGCCACCCUUUCCCCUGAAGAGCUCCAGGAGCUGGAGAGUGAGUUGGCCUACCUUGACCCUGACAUCAACAUCCCCAUCGGCCUGAGGCAGAAAGACCAGACCGCCAAAGCUCCAACGGGGACCUAUGACAGGGAUGCUCUGCUGAAAUACUGGGAGGAUGACAACAAGAAGCUGCGGCAGGAUGAGAAGGUGGAGUCUAAUCCUGGACAGGUGAGAGGGGACAUCAGUGUCCUGUCUGCAGGUUUUCUACAACACAGACAAGCAGACCAGCAUGGGAGGUGGCCAGAUAGGAGCAGGGGUGAGCGAGUGUCAGUGGCCAGCACCAACGCCAGCAAGACACUGAAAUCUUCUUCCUGUCAUUGCCCAAACAAGGGAAAGACAACACUGAAUGUUUGUGCAACCAAUGAUUUGAAGGUUGAAAAGAUAGAAAAGAAAAUUGAGUGUAAAAAGGAGACUCUAAUUAGGAGUAAAUGUUCUCAGAACAAUGGUCUGUCACAAAGCUUGAGGACUGAAACCGCAAACCAAAACCUGAAUGUGAGCUCUGACAGACCGAGCGGGAACCCCGUCAUCAUUGACAAGGCUCUGGAGCAGAUUCUGGGUGAUGAUCCCACUGUGACCGAAGUCAACCUCAACAACGUCGAAGACAUCGCCCAGGAGACCCUGCUGCGUUUUGCUGAGGCCCUGUGCAUAAACACUCAUGUGCAGGUUUUCAGUCUCGCCAACACCCAUGCUGACGACCGCGUUGCCUUCGCCAUCUCGAAGAUGCUCAUUGAGAACUGCUCAAUCAGAAGCCUGAAUAUCGAGUCCAACUUUGUGUCCGGUCAAGGCAUCCUGGCUCUGCUGGCAGCACUGCAACACAACAGGACGCUGGUAGAGCUCCGCUUCCACAACCAGAGGCACAUCUGCGGGGGUAGGGUGGAGAUGGAGAUGGUCCAGUUGCUGAGGGAGAACACCACCCUGCUCAAGCUCGGCUACCAGUUUGAUCUCCCAGGCCCCAGGAUGACGGCGACCAGCAUCCUGACACGCAACCAGGACCAACAGCGACAGAGGAGGCUUCAACAGAAGAAGGAACAGAGCCCUCCAGAGGUAUCAGGACAAGGUCCUGGAUCUUCUGCAGAAAACAGACCAAAGAUGCCAACACGGUCUUUUAAGGCUGUUGAAAAUCAGAACAGACAUCCUCCUCCUCCCUCUGUAGACCCACCAACCAGGACAAUGGCAGAAACAGUCAAACAGCAUGAGUGUCGGAACAGCACAAAGGGUCGGUCAAACCAGAGGAAACCCAAGUCAAAUAAGCUGAAGAGCGGCUCCGAUGAAAAUGAGAGCGCUGAUAUUCUCAAAGAGCUGAAGAAUGCCCUGAAACCACCACUGCAGAGGAGACGAGAUGAGCUGUACCACCUCCCCCUGCCACAAAGGUCAAGCCACGAUGACCUGAUGGCAGCGAUUCGCGGGAGUAGCAUCAGGUCCCUAAAAAAGGUGGAUGCAUCACAGACCUGAACUCACCGACCAAUCACGCC